AUGGGGAAGAUCACCAAGCCCAUGCAACCAAAGCACAAGGAUACCUUGUCCCCUUGGCUAAAGAGUUAUGUCGAGACCGCCUCGACGACUCCUCUACCCCUCUUACCACAACAGCUCGCCAGCUUCCCAUCCCGAUGGCCCUUCGGACGAGGCGACCUAUACCACUGGAUACCCCUCCUGAACCGCUUCGAUAGCUUCCUCGAGUACUUCUGCGCAACAUACAAGCUGAACGAAGGCCCCCAACCUCGCGAGUUUGGAUGCGAUGUGCUUCUCAACGAGGACAAGGAAUCAGCCUUUAGCAAUGAGAGGCAAUGGUCGAUGAAGGAGUUGACAGAGCUGGGUUUCCCUGCUGAUGGAGACCGACAGCUUCUCGAGGUGAUCCUCAGAUUCACUCGUAUGCUGUUGGAACACUGUGGCAACCGGAGCAUCUAUGCCAGCAGUGCUCAUCUGAAUGAUCUUCUCCAGAGCACAUCUCUGACGGUCCUCAUCGCAACACUCGAGGUUGGUUCAGAGCUUGCCCAGCGGUACCAAGCUUCUGUCAAGCGUAUAGGGAAUGCUUCUAGACAGAUCAGCACCGCGUUGCUCGCGAAUCACUACAACAUCGACCUCGAGCGCGUCCAGCAGCUUGCUCAGCCUUUUGUCAAGACACCGAUCAUCAGCCUCUCGGAUCCGGUCUCCACCCACACGCCUGGAUCUGCCAAGGGAAAAGAACGUCAGCAAGGAAGCAGCUCCAAGGCAGUGACCUCGAUGCAUGCUAACGAUCUGGUUGCGCUUGCUUCGUCGGACGAUAAACGUUGGACCGGCUGGGGUGAUGUCAAGGUGUCCUAUUACCCUCAAAAUCCGCACCAGGAGGUACCCGGUGCUGGCGACACCGGUCGUGCAUCGAUGCCGUCCACCCCUACGCCGCUUCGACGCAGCUCUACCAUGACGUCCCAACAUCAGACUCCCAGGAGCCGGAACCACCCCGGGGAAGAUUCGUCUCCUCUUGGACCCCGUACACCUGGCAUAGCAGACGAGCCUGCUGCCUCCGGACCCAAGACCUUUGAGUUGCCUCAGUCUGUCGUUGCCUCGACUCCGGUGUACGAACUGGUAUCGCGAUGUCCUGACGACCUCCCACCUGCCUCGAAGUAUGAGGCUUUCCACAGAGUUAGGGCGUCCAAAGCCCUGCUGGGAUCUCGCGAGUCAAGACAGCAGCUACUCGCCGUGCGCCUCCUCGCGAUUACCAACCUUGCCUACAUCCAUACCGAGUCGAACUUCAUUGAAAAGGUCCUCCGCCAGGAUGUCGACGAGACUCGCAGGUUUCAGCUCGUCUACCAACUUGCUGAGCUUAUCCACCCGACAGCACAUGGCAACAUUGAUGUCCCCCUGUGGCUCCAGGCCGUGGCCCUUGCUCUUCUCGAGGCUGUCUCUAACUUCCACGCCAGAUGUCAAGAUGUCCUAUCCGCUCUUAACGCCAAUGUGAACCAUGGAAUUCUGCUCUAUGUCAUCCGAAAGGCCGUUGCGGGAAUGAAGGAUGAGGAUGACAGCGACAAAGGCAACCAAGUCACGGAGAUGGACGAGUGGAGGAACAACUUGUUCUCUCUUACCCUUCAUCUUUGCAUGGCUACUCGCGUUGGUAGUGAAAUGGUUUCCGCUGGUCUGAUGGAGAUCCUAGUCGAGAUCCUGGAUAUCCGGUCAGGCGUUGCCCAGAGAAACCACUCCAUGGUUCUUGCGUUUUUAGAUGGUUUGAUUUGGACAUACCAGAAUGCCUUCACAGCCUUCUUCAACGCCAAAGGCUUGGACGCCGUUGCUCAGCUGGUUGUGGAUACCGUCAAGGAGGCCCAGACCCUACACAAGUCGGGCAAAGGGAUCACGAAAGGUCAACAGUCUGGUGCUGUCGACUAUGAAAUUCCCUACUAUCAGCAGCAGACCCUCAAAUGGCUGCUCAAGUUUGUCCACCACAUCAUGUCUAACUCGUACAGCUACAGUGGGAACACGGACCGCCUUCUCCGUAAUCUUGCCGACAAGUCUGACCUUCUGAGGAGCUUGCGAGACAUCAUGGAAGACAAGAAGAGCUUUGGUUCCAUUGUUUGGACGAAUUCCGUUACUAUUCUUAGCGACUUCAUCAACAACGACCCCACAAGCUUCGCAGCCAUCUCCGAGUCUGGCAUGAUCAAGACCUACCUGGAGGCCAUCACCGGCCGACCGCUUCCUAGUGAUGCUUUGGAAGAGCAGAAGUCAGGCGACAAAGAAGAUGAUGGCCCUGAUUCUCCUGAUAGCACCGUCUCCUUGAUUGUUGAAAGGGACUCGAGACAGCACCCCCCUGCCGAGGCAUCGAUUCGACAGCUAUCUCGUGAAUCGCUGGCUUCCGGCAUCCUUCCCUCGACCGAUGCCAUCACUGUCGUACCCCAAGUCUUGAACUCCAUUUCUCUGAACAAUGCCGGCAUGAAGAUGGUGGUGGCGUCGCGAGCUUUUGACAGUUUCCUGGAGAUUUUUGAGAGUCCUGCCCAUGUUAGAUGCAUGGAGGUUGACGCAGACCUCGCCAACAGUGUUGGUGCCAGCUUCGAUGAGCUUGCUCGCCACCACCCGCCUUUGCGAAGGGCCAUUUCCAACGCUGUCAUUGACAUGGUUGCACGAGUACGCUUCCUUGGAAUCGAAAAAGCGAAAACUGCUGGCUGGGGAGCGCGGAUGUUGCUGGUUGAUUCUGACGGCAAGACGGUUUCUGUCGAUGAGGAAGCCAAUCUCAUGCCCUCGGGUACAUCUGCAGAUAAGAGCACAGGUCAUGGCACUUCUGGAGACGCAGAUGUUGACAUGGCUGACGGCGUGCCUUCAAGUGACUCAGCUUCCGAGAGUCGCGGGGGCAGCGGACCAGAUUCGCCUUCGCAUUCGAUCACGCCCUACAUCUUCGCCCUCGGUUCCUUUUUGAGCUCGUACAUGUCUAACUCGGUCCUGAAGUCACACUUUGUUGAAGAUGGAGGCCUGGAGUUGCUGCUUGACAUCUGCGAAUCCCCUAGUCUUCCCACCAGCUUCGGUGACUCCCUUGCUUGUAGGAUAUUCAGCCAGGUGGUCUCACAGAUGGUGGAAUUCUCCGCGAUUCGAGGCCUUCCCUCACUUUUGCAACGCGCGCAAUCGACCAUCAACACUCUCCAGCCUCUUUCAGCAAAGACGGAUGCGCUGCCUCCCUACUUUGCGCCCUUCCUCACGCCCGAUUUGAAGGCCACGCCCGACGAUGAGGGAGCUUCAGAGGUGAUCAAGAAUGGCACCAAGAUGAUCAAGGCACUCCUAAAUGCGCAGACAUAUAUCAAGAUCAUCUCGGAGUCUUUUCAAACAACCAGAUCCAAUGCCCUGCAGUUCUAUCCGGUCAAUGUCUACGACUACUAUCUCAAUCUAGUCCAGUCGAUUGGCCCUCUCUUGCGCGGUGUACUGGCAGAAGAGGCCGGCGAGCUCAACGUUGUGCCCCAGAACUGGUCGUUUAGGCGACACGCAUCAGGUUCGGACGGAUCAUCUGGUGGAAACAACCCUGAGCCGGAGGCCGACGACAACACAUCAUUGCCCGACAUGCUGAGCACAACCCGCCAGUUCCAGUCGAAGAAGGGACCGGGUGACGUGAGCCUGGGGCGCCCAACGGAAGAAGAGCAAGCCAGCCCCCGUUUCCAGAACUACGAGACGCUCCGGCUUCUGCUGCAUCCCAUGAUCCCAACAACGUUUCCCCUCUUCCAGACGCUCGGAAAGGCUUUGAUUCCUAGACGUGAGAGAGAGCCUCGUGAUCCGUACCUGAGACCUCGCCAUCUGGAGAUCGCCCGCGCCCUUGCGGAUACUGUUUUGGGUCAACUGCGAUCAUCUGUCGCAACUCCUCAGCCUACAUCGAAGGAUUUCCAUUUCUGGAUCAUCAUGCUGCACACGAUUACUGAGAUGUUGAUCGAUCAUUCUUCUAAUCGUCCUCACGAUCGGUCAGGCGCCCAAAUCAUCAUGCCUGUCCUCCUUGCCUUCAAAGAGGAGGGCGGUAUGGACGUCUUGAACUCGAUGUUGAAGGUGUUUGCCCAAGCUAUUCGCCAGCGUACAGAGACACCCCCCGACGAAUCUUCCAAGGCCAAGGUCGCUGCCUUUGGGUUGAAGAAGAUCUUGGACUUGUAUUUGACCUUGGUUGAUGACAAGUACCUAUCUGAGAGCAGCACCCACUUUGCUCUUCAGCCGCGCACCGGGGAUAGAUCGCAGAACACACCUCACCUGGACCAGCAGCUCGUGGUGGAGUUCCGAGCUGCCAUUCUUCCCGAGAUCACGGAUCUGUGGGAUUCUAAUUUUGCAGAAAAGGUCCCUCACCAAACUGUGUCACGGCUGCUUGAUAUUCUCAAGAUAAUCUCUGCAGCUGAAAAUGAGGUCCAGUCAACCACAAGGGACAAGCCACCCUUCCAGCUCUUCAAGUAUACCGAUGUCCGCUUCGACUGGCCUGGACGUCGCGCCACUAUUGAUGACCUGUUGAGCAAGGGCCACAGCCCCGAGUUGGUGCACGAAGCCGUGUACAGAUCACUCGGAAACCCUGGCAGUGCGCGGGAAUAUUGCACAGCACAUACAAACGGCCUUGCUGGUCCUCGCAACCCUAUCCCGUCAAAAGAUUCCGAUACCUCCGUUUUGCAAGAGACCCCUAAGGAGGCUUCGAGCACCGGUGAUGGGGAACCAUCAAGCGUGGCGGGCACGGCGGAGCCUGACCGUAUGUCCUUGGAUGAGCCCCCGGAGCUUGAGCCCCCAGAUCUCAGUGGUAGACCACUGGGAGACUCUCUUGGCGAAAUCAUCGAUCGGCCCCAAGCGACGGAGGAUGUACGUGAAGCUCCGACGGCAGCGGCCGAGACUCCCUUACAGCAAUCUGGAUCUCUAGCGACCGUUCCAGCAGCAGCGGCUGGAGACAAUGGGACUGAAAGUCACCCCGUGGCCACAAAGGAAGAUAUUGACAAGUGUCGCGCGAAGCUACGAGGAAGCAUGAUCGACAGGUGCCUGGACGUCAUCCGGGCACACCCCGAAACAGCCAUCGAGGUAUCAGACCUCAUCCGGACAAUGGCUUUGCGACAACAGCCCAACGAUACCCAAGAUGAUGUUGGCCCUACUCUGACAUCCGCGCUGUCUUCUCUCGCGCUAGAUGAGGAGGAAGAGAAGAAGCGCAAUGGGAAAUGUAUCGCUGCGUAUGCUCAUCUCCUUGCGCUCUUGCUCCAAGACGAGCGCUUCUUUGAGAGCAACAUUGAAAGCCUAAGAGAGGGGAUCGAUGAGUACGUCGGCUUCCUCAAAAUGCCCCCCUCUACAUCUGGUGAGGAGAUGCCACAGUGGAUCCCUUACAUUUUGUUGGUCAUUGAGAUCCUGCUUUGCCAUGAUGAACGUCCCGUGGCUGCUCAGUGGAAAGCACCCAAGUCUUUGGACGAGGCGGUAGCAGAGCCCAUCAUCCAGAUGCGAACACCUCUCAUUGAUGAUGAGCAGCGCGCUCAUAUACUGGAAUCCCUUCUCGAGAUGCUUCCUCGCGUAGGAAAAGAGGAGACGCUUGCUGUCGCUGCCCUCCGGGUCUUGGUCAUUCUGACACGGAAUCGACGUCUAGCCAAAUUGGUUGGGGACAAGAAGAACUUGCAACGGCUGUUUCUUAUGGCAAAACAGCUGUCGGGGUCUGGUUCUGAGCGAUUCAAGCAAACAAAGCUGACAGCCCACAUCAUGACUAUCCUCCGCCACAUUGUGGAGGAUGAGGAUACUAUCAAGCAAAUCAUGCGUGCUGAGAUCAAGGCCAGCUUCCCAACUCUGCAGCGAACCCAGCGUGGUCACUCCGACGUUUCUAACUAUCUUCGAGCGAUGGCACCGAUCGCUCUCCGAGCCCCAGAUCUGUUCGUUGAUGUUACGAACGAGAUGUUGAGGUUCACUCGGUGGGCAUCAUCUUCGGGCGAGAGCGCUCGAUCUCAGACUCUCGUCUUGAAGGAGAACAGCAGCGAGCAGAACACCGAUGCCGCUGAUGAACGAAGCCAACCCACCGAGGAUGCGACCACACAGGACAUCAAGCAAUCUACGGAGCCAAUGGAUAAGGAGAUGACAGAUGCACCUAAAGUUCACCACGAAAGCAAACGUCCUGUGGUUGAGAACCCUGAUGGUGUCAUCCAUUUCCUUCUCUGUGAGCUGCUCAAUUAUCGAGAAGUUGAUGACAAGGAAGUGCCCGUCGUGGACAAAGACCAGAAGUCUGAGGCUGCUUCAGGGUCAGGGUCCGAAGAAAAGGCUUCCUCUUCAAAGGAGACUCCUGCUCCCGACGGAAAGGACAAGAAGCCGCUAAAGCCCGUCUUCAAGGCUGAAGAGCAUCCUAUUUUCGUCUACCGAUGCUUCCUGCUGAACUGCUUGGCGGAAUUGCUCCAGAGUUACAACCGAACGAAGAUGGAAUUCAUCAACUUCAAGCGGAGCGCUCCGCUGACGACGAGCACGCCGAUUAAGCCCCGGUCAACUGUUCUCAACUACUUGAUCUAUGAUCUGCUUUGCCAAGGCAACCUGAGUGGAACAGUCGAUAGCAUCGCCUCCAAGAAGAAGGCCGCAACAAGCGCGCAGACGCAAAAGGUCCUGGUUGCUUUGGUGUCGAAGACCAGUGAGAAGGCCAUCGACCGUGGGAAGGACAAGUUUGCAUACGACGAUGAGCCGGACCUCUUGUUCGCACGCAAGUUCGUUCUCGACACGAUGCUGAAGGCUUAUGAACGGGCGCCACUUUCGGAUGAGCCUCUCGAGACCCGAUACUCUCGGAUGCAAUGUCUCGCCGAACUCAUGAACUAUAUGGUCGGCGAGAGGGACAAGGACCAGGGCUCUGGCGCACGGGGUUCUGAUAGCGCCCAGGCGCGAUCGCAUGCACAGUUGCGGAGACUGAUGUAUGAGAAGGGUUACCUUGACAAGUUGACUUCCUCCAUCGCCGAGAUCAACCUGAACUAUCCGGGAGUGAAACGUGCCAUCAAGUACAUUCUGCGUGUUCUCCGGGUCCUGACUGAGACCGCCAAAGAGCUGAGUCACUCGAACAUCCUGCCCUCUGACUCCCUUUCAGACAAUGGGGAUGAUGACAUUGCCUCCACCUCGUCUCUCUCGGAUAUGGAUGAUGACCGUGAGGAAACACCUGAUCUAUAUCGAAACUCAGCCCUCGGCAUGCUCGAGCCCCGAGGCGAGGACGACGAUUCAGAUGAGGAUGAAGAAGACGACGAUGAAGACAUGUACGGUGAUGAGUACGACGACGACGAGAUGGAUUAUGGAGAGGACGACAUUUCAGAUGAGGAGGACAACAUCAGCGAUGAAGAUGAAGAAUUGAGUGAAAUGGGACAGAUCGAAGGUCUCCACGGUGAACCUGGUGUCGUCGAGGUCAUCAUGGACGAAGAUGACGAUGACGAUGACAGCGAGGAAGACGAUGAAGAAGACGAUGUCGAGUCUGCCGACAUGGAAGACGUGGAGGACCACGUUGAGAUUGUUGAUGAAGAUGGCAAUCCAAUCGACGAUGAUGGUAACUCAGGAUGGGAGAGCGCGAGCCAUGACGAAGAUGACGAGGAUCACGAUGACGACGAUCUUGAAUAUGAUGCAGAUGUUCACGAGGAACACAUCCAGAUCGGGCCAGGACAGCUCCUGGAUGGCAUGGCACGAGCUAUUAUGGGAGACGAUGACGCUUACGGACCAGACCUUAUGGACAGCCUGGACGACCACUAUCUUGACGACGGCCAUGACGAGGAUGAAGAUGAAGACGAUGAGGAUGAAAUGGAGGAAGACGAGUACCUCUAUGACGACGAUUAUCCCCUAGAUGACCAAGCCCAACCACUUCCAGCGCUGGGUUGGGACGGUAUCUCCCCCGAGGAAGAAGAUCGUCACCGUCAUAUGUUCAUGAUGGACAACCAGAGCCGACGGCGCUUCCUUGCCCGAGUUGACAACCGAAGCCCCUUCCCCCCUGGAUUCAUGGUCGGGUCCAACCGGGAUGCCGUUGGUGAUUUCCGCAGCUACUUUUCUAGAACUCACCGGACUGGCGGAGGCCAGUCUAACUCCGAUGACGGCGCCAAUCCACUGCUCCGUCGCAGUGAUCAGGGCCGUGACGGACCCCAGCGUCCUACCAACCCCCACACCCUUGGACUGAGACUCCCCGAAGGUAUCUUUGGUCCAGGCGGACGACACGGCAUCGAUGGCCCCAUGGGUUUCCUCGGAGAGCUAAUGGAGUUCCUUCCAAUUAUGAACCGUAGUGGAUCGCACGCUUUCCACUUGCAGUUCAGUGGCCCUGGCAUCCCUCGGGAGGCCAGAGAGCUACAGGUCCGGGGAUCACGGAGCGAGCAGAGGCGCGAUGGUGUGGCUCAAGAACCCUCACAAGCGGUGUCAUUCAUCAUCGAAUCCACCAUGGACCGUUACCAGGAAGAAGCUAGGAUGAUCUUUGGGCUGAGUCAUGCGACGGAAUCCGCCAAACUCUACAACAUAAUCGCAGCCAAGCUUACACCGGCUGCCAUGGAGUUGGAACGGAAGCUCAAGGCCGAGGAAGCUGAAAACCAGAAACGUGAGGAGGAAGAACGAAAGAAGCGUGAAGAAGAGCAGCGCCUUGCUCGUGAGGCCAAGGAGGCGGAAGAAAAGGCCGAAAAGGAAAAGCGAGAGGCCGAAGCUCGCGAAGCCGCGGAGAGAGCUGCAGAGAGAGCCGCUUCAGAAGCCGCUGCCGCAAGCCAAGGUGCCUCUGUUGAGGGACAAGGUGAAAGCGGCGCGAUGGAGGGCGUUGAAUCAACCGAACAGACCCGCGCGGAGCGUUCGAAUGCCCCAGCCCAAAGCACUAGCAACGAGCCCCGCGUUGUGACAACAAUCAGGGGCGAAGAGUUUGAUGUCACUGAACUUGGCAUUGACCCUGAGUACCUUGCAGCUUUACCCGAAGAGUUCAGAGAGGAGGUCAUCGCUCAGACUCUCACCACGAGAAGAUCGCAAGCAAGAGAGGAGGCAACAACUGGCGAGUCGACAGAAGUCUUCCAAGAGUUUCUUGAUGCCCUUCCAGAUGAGCUGCGCCGGGAAAUCGCACACCAGGAGCUUCAGGAGCAGCGCCGCCGGGCUCGUGAAGACCAAAGCCGCCAAACUACCACGACUGGCGGGCAGACUGCUGUGCCAGAAAUGGACACGGCCAGCAUUCUCCUCACAUUCCCCCCUGAACUGCGAGAACAGGUCCUCAUCGACCAAGGCGAGGAGCUGAUGGCUCACCUCACCCCAGAGAUGGCAGCCCAGGCGCGAGCACUGAGCCAGCUCAACAAUUCCCACUCUGUCAUAACCGGACGGAGUCCCCCAGGCGUCAACACAGCUCGCCAACCUGGGCCACCAAGAUCCCAGACUGGAAACAAGGCUCAGCGCCGAACGGUUGUUCAGAUGCUUGACAAGGCGGGCGUCGCCACGUUGCUGCGCCUCAUGUUCAUUGCCCAGCAGGGAUCUAUUCGAAACUAUCUGUUCAGCGUCUUUGCUGAUGUUUGCGAGAACAAGCAGACCCGUCUGGAGGUGAUUAGUACGCUCCUCCAGAUUCUGCAAGACGGUAGCACAGAUAUGGGGGCUGUAGAGCGCAGCUUUGGUCAACUCUCGUUGAAGGCUCGACGACCAAAGGACAAAGAAUCAGAGCAGAGAACUCCCCAGACUCUCAAGAGGAGCCUGACCGGCCUGACUUCUUCGGCAACCACGCAGACAAACUCGGAAACCUCACCUCUCCUGAUUGUACAGCAGUGUCUUGAUCUUCUGGUGGAGUUGUCCACUAAGAACCCUCACAUCCCCUGGCUCUUCUUGACGGAGCAUGAGACUGUUGGCUCGACCCUUAAGCGUUCUCUUAGCCGCAAAGGAAAGGUCAAGGACACCAAGGCCCACAAGUACGCUAUCAACUCAUUGCUUUCUCUUCUCGACCGCGAUUUGGUCAUGGAAAGUUCGGUAGUUAUGACUCACCUGGCGGACUUGCUGAACCGGGUGACGAUGCCCCUUCAGAACCUCGAACGGCGUCGCAAGGAAGCUGAGGAUGAGCUGAAGGCGGCUUCAUCCAAGCUAACAGAAGAGUCUGCUACAGCCGAAACAACAGACCAGGGCUCAGGUGGCAACCAAGCACCAUCGGGCAAUGCCAAUGAGUCAGGCACUGCUCAGGUGGACACAGCGGAGACCAAUGCUGCCGAAGAAGCUGCUAAGAUGCAAGAAAGGAAGGAGGCUGCACAGAAGAAGCUUCGACAACUCCAGCCACCGGUCAUCCCAGCUCAGAAUUUGACCCUGGCCGUAAGGAUCUUUGUGGCUCGGGAAUGCAGUUCCAAGACAUUCCAGAACACAAUUUCGAGCAUCAAGAACCUGUCUGCUAUCCCUGGUGCCAAGGCGACAUUUGGUCAUGAGCUCGUCAACCAGGCCCGGCUUCUGAGUGAAAACAUUGUGGCGGAUCUGGAUGACCUUCUCCCCUACAUUGAAAAGGCGUCUUCAGGCACAGAGAUCCAAGGCGUUGCUCUUGCCAAGUUCUCACCAGGAGCAUCGGAACAGAACAAGCUUCUCCGAGUCCUGACGGCACUGGAUCAUCUGUUUGAUAGCAAGAAGAGGGGUGAUGAGACGGAAGCCGACAAGAGCCAAGACGAAAGGCACGGGCUGGUCACCUCCCUGUACCACAACUCAACCUUCUCGGCUAUGUGGGAGAAGCUGAGUGCUUGCUUGAGUGCCAUCCGCCAGCGAGAGAACAUGCUCAACGUUGCAACGAUCCUUUUGCCCUUGAUCGAGUCUCUGAUGGUUGUGUGCAAGAACACAACGACAAACGACGACCCCUCGCAGAACAAGGAGAUGGUCUUGUCCAGCCCACCCCCCGAAUCUCGGACGGCAAGCCUCUUCUUUAGCUUCACUGAAGAUCAUCGACGGAUCCUCAACGAGCUUGUUCGAAACAACCCCAAGCUGAUGUCAGGCACAUUCGCCCUCCUCGUCAAGAACCCCAAGGUGUUGGAAUUUGACAACAAGCGCAACUACUUCAACCGCAGCGUCCAUUCGCGAUCCGGUAACCAGAGCCGGCCAUCAUAUCCUCCUCUGCAGCUUUCCGUCCGCCGUGAGCAGGUCUUCCACGAUUCAUUCAAGUCUCUCUAUUUCAAGUCGGGCGACGAGAUGAAGUUUGGAAAGCUCAACAUCCGAUUCCACGGCGAGGAAGGUGUCGAUGCUGGCGGCGUGACUCGAGAGUGGUUCCAGGUCCUUUCUCGACAGAUGUUUGAUCCCAACUACGUCCUCUUCAUCCCCGUUUCCUCAGACCGUACUACUUUCCAUCCGAACAAGCUCAGCGGUAUCAACGAUGAGCAUCUGAUGUUCUUCAAGUUCAUCGGUCGCAUUAUUGGCAAGGCGCUGUACGAGGGUCGCGUGCUUGACUGCUACUUCAGCCGCGCCGUCUACAAGCGCAUCCUCGGCAAAUCGGUCUCGGUCAAGGACAUGGAGUCGUUUGAUCCAGACUACUACAAGUCCCUGUGCUGGAUGCUGGACAACGAUAUCACUGACAUCAUUACCGAGACUUUCUCUGUCGAGGACGACGAGUUUGGUGUCACCAACGUUGUGGACCUCAUCCCCAACGGCCGAGAAAUUGCUGUCACUGAGGAGAACAAGCAUGACUAUGUUCGUCUUGUGGUCGAGCACAAGCUGCUCUCUUCAGUCAAGGAGCAGAUGGCUCAUUUCCUCCAAGGAUUCCACGACAUCAUUCCCGCCGAGCUGAUCUCCAUCUUCAACGAGCAAGAGCUGGAGCUUCUGAUCUCUGGCCUGCCGGAUAUCGACAUCGAUGAUUGGAAGAGCAACACGGAGUACCACAACUACAACCCGUCAUCGCAACAGAUCCAGUGGUUCUGGAGAGCUCUUCGCUCCUUUGACAAGGAAGAGCGAGCCAAGCUGCUGCAGUUUGUCACUGGAACCAGCAAGGUCCCUCUCAACGGUUUCAAGGAGCUUGAGGGCAUGAAUGGUGUUAACCGAUUCAACAUCCACCGCGACUAUGGUAACAAGGACCGCCUACCUUCUUCGCACACCUGCUUCAACCAACUGGACCUUCCCGAGUAUGAGAGCUAUGAUCAGUUGCGCUCUCAGAUUAUCAAGGCCAUCACAGCAGGAAGCGAAUACUUUGGCUUCGCGUAA